AUGGCCUGUGGGAAAUUGCAUCAGCCUUCAAGACGACGAGACGUGGGAAAGAAUUCCCAUCGCUGUAAAGCUGGUAAGCCUGGUUACUGGCAGCAGCCAAUCCCAAACCUCAUCUUCCCCAUUGCUUCUCUUCUCGGAGUUCUCGGCUUCUUGCAGUCGCAGACUCACUCAGCCGGCCGCCAGCAGCAGUCGGGCUUCUCACAGAGUCAUAGGCGAAGCGGCGACAACCUCCUCGGCAAGGGCGUGAGGCGCAAGUCCCCCCAUCCGCCUUCGGCGCCGGAGCUGCCCGAGGAUGACGAGAAGAGCACCGAGGUUGUGAAUCCAAAGGCGUACACUUUGGCCGAUGCUCAGCCAACGAUAACCAUAUUGGAUCUCGUCCAGCAAGCGGCGAACUACAAGCAGCUCAAGAAGGGAGCCACUGAAGGUUGCCACUCUCGCCUAUAUAUACACAUACACAUAUACAUAUACACAUAUACAUAUACAUAUAUAUAUACAUAUAUAUACACACACACACAUUGUACCGCAAUGAAGACUCUGAACAGGGGCAUCUCCGAGUUUGUUGUGAUGGCGGCAAAUACAGAGCCACUUGAAAUUCUUCUACAUCUUCCUCUGCUUGCAGAGGAUAAGGUAUAUAUUUUCUCUGAUAGCUUAUUAAUUGAAGAUUAUUAUCCUUGCUGCUGUUGUUAUUUUUUCAUUUUGUGCCUGUAUGUGGGAGUUGAGGUGUGAAGUGAGGAUGGUGCCAACACUAGAGACAGCAUAAGCUUUUAUCAGAAAAAUAAGUUUCUACCCUUCUAACUAACUUCAAGUGGUCGGUAAAUAGAUGAUUCCUAAUUUAGGCCCCGUUUG